GAAACUCAGUGGUUCGAGGGCGGGGCCGUGACGUCUUUGGCGUGGUUUGCCAGAGAGGCCGCGGCGGGGAAAAUGGCGGACGGGAAGGCGGGAGAGGAGAAGCCUGAAAAGCCGCAGCGAACUGGAGCCUCCGGAGUUAAUUCAUGGGAACCUCUUCUACUGCCACAAAAUCUCAGUUCCUGCUAUAUACUCUAACAGUGGAAGAGACUGUUGGGUCAGUAGGUGACAACUGCAGAGGUAUCUUCCUUAUAACGAUGCUUUUUGAGGUUGCUGCUCCCAUCAAUCUGCUCAGUAAAAAUAGCUCAUCUUGUAAUGGAGGGGAAAGUUCCAGUCGCAGCGCUGAGAAGCGAUCAGCUGAAGAAGAAGCUGCAGACCUCCCAACAAAACCUACAAAGAUCUCCAAGUUUGGAUUUGCCAUAGGUAGUCAGACAACAAAGAAAGCAUCAGCCAUAUCCAUCAAACUUGGAUCAACUAAGCCCAAGGAAACUGUUCCAACUCUUGCUCCAAAAACCCUUUCAGUAGCAGCAGCUUUUAAUGAAGAUGAAGAUAGUGAGCCAGAGGAAAUGCCUCCAGAAGCAAAGAUGAGAAUGAAGAAUAUUGGAAGGGAUACACCAACAUCGGCUGGACCAAACUCCUUCAAUAAAGGAAAGCAUGGGUUUUCUGAUAACCAGAAGCUAUGGGAACGAAAUAUAAAAUCUCAUCUGGGAAAUGUCCAUGACCAAGACAAUUAAAUGAUGUGUUUUGAAAUUGGGGCAUGGGGUGGGUGUAAAGUUAAAAGGAACAGUUUCCUUUUUUAAAGAAUGGUAUAAGACUAUCUUUGGAGCCACCUUUUUUUCCUUUCUUUUUUUUUAAGAUUGAGUGGUACACUAAUAAAUGAGAGUUUGAAAUUAGAUGUAAUUUAUGUUUUAUAUACAGAUUUCAAGACAUUUGCUAAUUUUGUAGUUUCAUGUGAUUAGUUUCCAAAGGCUACAGAUAAUAAAGAAAUCAGAAAUGGUACCUUUUUAAGAAUUACAUAUUUUUUUAGAACCAACUAUUAGCACAUUAAGAGGGAAACAAAAAGUUAUUGUCUAUUUAAAACUGCAAACAGUUACUCUCCUAACUUAACUCCCUCAUUACCUAAACUGUCUGGCUCCUAGGUACAGCCUUAUAGAGAGAGGGAGUAUUGUAUUGAGAGGAAAAUGUUACUGGACUAUUGACAGAAAGUAAAUUUAGAUAAAAUUAAAACACACCAUUGUUUCUUUAUGGGCAUUUUGUUUCAAGUCAUCAUAUACUAGAUAGUGCAUUGCUAUCAGCAGAUACAGUUGCUUACAUCUUUAAAUUUGAAAAAAAAUUAUGUGAAGUAUUGAGUAUUUGCAUUAGCCCACUUUAAUGGACCUUGUCUAUAUCAGUCUUCAAAUGACCAUUUGUUACCAAAGUAAAUCAGUAUUUUGAAUGUGCUUUUGUUAGUUUUUGUUCGUAGUUCCUGUAAGCAUUUCCAACAAAACUUGAGCUUGAGGCAAAUCAUAAGGAAGCUGUUUCUUUUAAAAUACAAACCACCACCCAAAACUGAAAUGUACAUACUACUUAAACAUUUGGCUGGUUUUUAUUUUCUAAAAGAUUUAAACA